UGGGUUGCGCUACAUGAACCUCAACCGAUUUUUUCUUUCAAAAUUCUAAAAGAAAUUCCUUUGGAACGUUGACCGCUUGAAAGUAACCGAAUAAUUCGCGCUUUGGAAAUUUCCGCUGAAAAAAAGUCAGAAAAACUUCCAACAAAUCACUUUCACUUUACAACCUUGGCCAAAAAGGUGCAUCACUUCCUGUGAAAGCCGGGAAAACAACUGUCCGCACUUGUCAUCUGACCCUGAAAACAAAUUAAAAGUGAAACGCUGCUGCCCACAAUGACCUGUUUUCUCUCAACAAUAGGCCUGUGAGCGAGUCUCAGGCUGCUCUUUUUGAAUGGGAUGAUGAUCCCUCUGUGUCUGACGUCCUGGGAGUUCCAGGAGCUGCGGAUGAAUUCCGCACGAAGGCGCUGAGGCUCCAGUCAGACUGACGCCGCGGCUCUCGCUCGAUCCAAGCACACGCGCUGUGCACCUCCAGUCGGCGCGAGAUUCAGCGUUCGGCUGUUUCGCGGGAUUACCCGACUACGCGGAUCGUUUUUCGACUCGUCACGUUAAGAUAAAAACGGCUGACUGCCUGACGAAAAAUCACUGUCAGGGGGUUUAUUCUAUACUCGCCUGUAUCUUGUCUGUAAAGAAAUAAACUGAGGCUCCUGGGUUGGAGUGAUUUAAAACAGAUCUGCCCCAAGCUUUGAGAAAAAUCUAGUCCCUGGUGUCGCCCCAUCGCAUGAUGCACUCCACCACAUCCAUCACCUCCCUCUUCUCCUUCACCAGUCCAGCUGUGAAAAGGCUGCUGGGCUGGAAGCAAGGAGACGAGGAGGAAAAGUGGGCGGAAAAGGCUGUGGAUUCCCUCGUAAAGAAGCUCAAGAAGAAGAAAGGGGCCAUGGAGGAACUGGAAAAGGCUCUGAGCUCUCCUGGCCAGCCCAGUAAAUGCGUUACCAUCCCUCGAUCCCUGGAUGGAAGGCUCCAGGUGUCCCAUCGUAAAGGUCUACCACAUGUUAUCUACUGCAGAGUGUGGCGCUGGCCGGAUCUUCAGUCCCACCAUGAGCUCAAAGCACUGGACUGCUGCGAGUUUCCUUUCGGCUGUAAACAAAAAGAGAUUUGCAUCAAUCCAUAUCAUUACCGCCGUGUGGAGACGCCAGUUUCCUCUUUUGUUUUAGGUGUGCACUUGUAUUACGUCGGAGGGGAGGUGUACGCAGAGUGUCUGAGUGACAGCAGUAUUUUCAUACAGAGUCGGAACUGUAACUACCAGCAUGGUUUCCAUCCCACCACUGUCUGCAAGAUCCCGAGUGGAUGCAGCCUGAAGAUCUUCAACAACCAGCUGUUUUCCCAGCUGCUGUCUCAGUCAGUAAAUCAUGGCUUCGAGGUGGUGUAUGAACUUACCAAGAUGUGCACCAUCAGGAUGAGCUUUGUCAAGGGCUGGGGUGCGGAAUACCACCGUCAGGACGUCACCAGCACCCCCUGCUGGAUAGAAAUCCACCUGCACGGGCCGCUGCAGUGGCUAGACAAAGUUCUGACCCAGAUGGGCUCCCCACACAAUCCUAUUUCCUCUGUGUCCUAAUGCAUUACAGAACAAGGGGAAUAUAGUUCUCCAAUAGACAUUUAUAGCACUCCUCAAGACACAUAACGCUCUUUCUCUUGUGAAAGUAUCUUUUCAGUGGAUGUUUAUGGUACUGCUAUAGGAUCAGCCAGGAAAUAUGUACAAUAUAAUGCUGUUAAAUAAGCAGUGGUUAGAUAAGCGUUGCAUUGUUUUUAAUUUAAAAAAAAACAUAAACACCACUACUUCACAGUAUGUAGUAGCUGAGAUCAGUUCAGACAGAAUCUCUCUAAUAGGAAGCCAAAGAAAUGUGUUAGUAGUUAGGUACUUGUUCUGGAAAUGUUUUAUUUGUGUCAUAUUUUGGCUAAUAUGUGCCUUCUAUAACAUUUCAAGUUGUUUUUCAUUUGCGUUAGCUUUCUUGAUCUUGAAAUACAAAAACCUCCCUUCUAUUUGUGCCUGUUUAUUUUCUAACCUAAAUGCAAAUGUGAAAAAGUUGAACAAUCCUUAAGUAUUAAUGCUUUUAAAGCUGAAAACUGCAGGUUAUCAAUUUUCACAAGAUCAAUAAAACUUCAUUUGAUCGCUCUUAGCAACUUACUGAGUUUACUCCAUGUUUAAAAUAAUAAAGCUGAUUGAACAAUUCUGUGUGUACGCUGUUACUUCCAGCUACAUGGUCAAGUUGUGGCAAAAAACUGUAGCUUUCACUGGUGACAUUAUUACAGAUUAGAUUAAGAUCACUAAAA